UCACGCGCACACGCACAGGCUCAGCCUCCGUCCCAUCUCUGUAGAAAGGUCUGGAUUUGCAGGUCUGACAAUGGGAGCCGUAAUUUCACGGUGGAAGACUAAAACUUCCACUGUGGAUAUUCUAGAGACACUGGAUAAGGACAUAACUGACCUUGAGGAGUUCCGUACAAAGAACCAGCGCUUGCUGAAAUUGUGGGUGGGCCGGCUUCUCUUCUACUCAUCUGCUUUGUACCUGAUCACAUGUCUGUGUGUGUAUUACCUGUACUUCCCUGAGCAGUGGAGCGCUCGCAUCAUCACUGCCCUGCCUCUGCUAGCAUUUCCAGCACUAGUGUUACUACUACGAAAACUGCUCAUCUUCCUUUUCUCCAAACGCACUGAGAGAAACAAUGAAAAACUAGAUGAUUUAAAAACAAAGAAACGAAAAAUACUUGAGGAGGUGAUGGAAACGGAGACCUACAAAAAUGCCAAGCUCAUAUUGGAGAGAUUCGACCCAGAAUCUAAGAAGAAAGCAGAAGCAGAAGCCACUCCGGUCAGACCCCACAUGACCCCUAGACCAGGACAAGACCUACGGCAGCGGCAUGUUGCCAUGGCAACUCCUGGACCUGGUCCCAUGACCCCAGGAGCCACACCACAUCGUACUGCCCCAGGAGGACCUCCAGAGAAAGGGCUCGCUGGGUCUCCGGCAGAAACACCACAACAAAUGAUGAGAAGGAACAUGAAUCCUUAUUCACCAGGACCUGGAUCAGGUAUGCAUCCCCCUGGGCCACCUCUCGCUCGACCCAUUCUUCCACGAGAGCGUAGCUCUGUGGACAGAGUCAUUGAGUAUUUGGUGGGAGAUGGACCUCAGAACAGAUAUGCAUUGAUUUGCCAGCAGUGUUUUUCCCACAAUGGUAUGGCUUUGAAGGAGGAAUUUGAGUAUGUAGCAUUCCGUUGUGCUUAUUGCUACUUCAUGAACCCGGCAAGAAAGACACGCCCCCAGGCACCCAGACUCCCAGAGUUCAGUUUUGAGCGCAGACUUCGCUCUGAAUCUCCUGAAACACAAUCUUCUGCCGCCACCGAGACACCAGAGGACAGUGACGUCCCUGAAGACCAUAUUGUCUCGGCCCGCUCCUCUCGGGUUUCACACUCUGGCACCCCCUGGAGUAAAGUUCAUAGUUUCAAGAGAAUUCACUCAGAUGACGUGGAAAGAACUACAUCUGCUGACCCUCAGGACCCCACCGCUGAAGAUCCCCCUGUCGCACAUGAAACCGAGGCAGAGGUGUCUCAGCCUCGACGUAGCCCGUCCCCCUCAAAGGAAGUCCCACCGGAGGAAGCUGGAGCUCAGGGGGAACAGCAGAAAGAGGAUGAAUCAAACUAAACUGUUCGAAUGCAGUUUAAACAUGUUUAUGAUCAACACUGUUCACAAGAGCUUUUGGUUUUUGGCAUGUUUUGUUUUAACUUCUCUCUACAGCAUGUUCCUUUAGUACAUCUUAGUAAUUCUUAAGGCUGUUAAAGAGUUUUACUGCUGAUUUAUUUAUAUGCACCACAUCAUUCACAUAUAAUGGGCUAAUCACAUUACAAUUUGUAAUACUAAUGGUGUGGUGCGGCCCAUAGUGGUGAUGUCUCCCGGUGCAAUUCCUGUGCAUGGUUUGUUUAUGAGGUUGACAUAACAAAACAAACUGCAGUUGCUAAAGUGUUGAAGCCUAGAAUAAUUUUACAGUGUUAACAUUUAAUAUUGCAUAGUAAAUAAGGACAAAAGUGGGUAGCAAGAAAUGUUUAGCUAUCAUAGCAAUGAGUUUAGCUAUCAUUGUGUUUACAGAAUUAUUUGAAACCUGCAAAGUGAGAGCUGAACAAAAAUACACUCUAUCAAAAGCGUUGUUCUUCUAGAGAAGUGAUGCUUUUUUCUUUUCUUUUUUUU